UCGGUACGGCACAUCAAACGUGUGGCUUCGCUAGUUCCCUCUGGUUACUGUGAGUUGCACCGUUCAGCCGCGAUAAGGAAGAGUAAGCCAAAAGUCAAAACAAAAGAACGUGCGCAGUUAGCAGUAGUGGAACGUCCAAGUCAAGUCCAAGUGUCCCCGACACAAAAACUUUGUUAUAUACUAUUUUUAUUGGAGAAAAGUCGUUGAAAUCCGAUUUAUCGAUUGCCUGUUGUUUCUUUGUUGGUCAUUUUCAACUGGAUCAGUCUACAUACAGUACAAAUCAUACUUGCGUCAGUUCUACGUCGUCACUCGCCGAUGUUGUACACGAAUUGAUUUUGUUACUCUCGAACUUUCGAACAUAUCAUUUCCGAGGAAAGACUAAAAAUCAUGUGGAGACCGUUAGAGCGUGGAAGCUCACCGGUAGAUUGGUGCGAAGGGAACUACAGCAUAUCUCCAAGUAUUGCUGAAUUUAUGAAUACGUUUAGCAAUGUCGUGUUUCUACUUCUGCCUCCGGUUCUGAUGCACCUCUUUAGAGAUUACGGGAGAUUCGUAAAUCCUGGAAUUCAUGUCAUCUGGUUCCUGUUAAUGAUCGUCGGCGCCAGCAGUGCAUAUUUUCACGCAACUUUAUCUCUCAUAGGGCAACUGUUGGAUGAACUUGCAAUAUUAUGGGUAUACAUGGCUGGAUUCUGCAUGUUUUUUCCAAGGAGAUAUUUUCCUCAUGUAUUCAAAAAUAACAGAAAGAGAUUCUCAAUAUUUGCAAUACUGUCCACGGUAAUCGCCACAGGUUUGGCAGUUAUACAUCCGUUUGUAAAUGCAUUCGCACUAAUGACUCUCUGCAUUCCUGCUUUUGGGUUUAUGGUCAUUGAACUGAAGAGGACGAAAUCUGCUAGAGUUUAUCGUCUCGGUGUUCGAUGUGGUGCUAUUUGGAUAUUGGCAGUAACCUGUUGGCUCAACGAUCGAUUAUUCUGUGAUACUUGGCUUAACUUAAAUUUUCCUUAUCUUCAUGCGCUGUGGCAUUUGUUUAUUUUUAUUGCAAGUUACACAGCUGCCGUUUUGUUUGCUUACUUUUCUGUGACGGAAGAGAAACCGCAUCAAUCUCCGAUACUAAAAUAUUGGCCCAGGAAUGAUUUCGAAUUGGGAAUACCUUAUGUCACUAUAAGAAGUUACAUCAAGGUAGACAGUAAUACGAAUAUAUAACGCAAUCAACCGGCAAAAUAUUAUUUCGAACUUACUUUCUAAGUAUCAUUCUAAUAGAUCGAAACUAUCAGUAUUUAAUGGUCUUAUUAAAAUUCAUUUUCUAAGAAAUUCAGUGAAGCCAGUGUUGAUUAAUCCUUGUGGUUUGAAAUAUGUAAAUUCAGUCCAUAAGUUUCACUUGGUUAAUAUAUGCAACAAUGUUACGUAUUUGACACGCCUAUGAUAUCAAAUUAUGCUCACAAGUUUCAUCAUUGCAGUUUGACGAACAUCAAAUAUCUUUUCAAUUAUUCACCAAUGCAGUGAAUUCUGAUAAUUCUUCCCGAAUAGCAGUUAUUCGGUGAAGUUAAAUAUAAACUCGGUUCCAUGAUCUGACAGCAAAACUUAGUAGCAUACAGUCGGUAUCACGAAGUCUGAGCUGGCUUGAAAAUUAAUCAAUAUUAUGAAAUGUGAAUUUUUAUACCGAAUCUUUUCAAUAUGAAGCAAAUUUCAAUACAUCAACAGAUAGAGACUGAGAUUACAUAAAAUAAUAAUAAUAACAAUAAUAAUAAUAAUAAUAAUUUCAAUAAUACUACUUUCUAAUAAUAAUGAUAACAAGAUAAACUUAACAUGAAUUUAUAAACUCAUAUUUUUAUAGAUGAUUGUAAUGCGAGGUGCAACUACUUUAUCAAUUUUAAAUGAGCUUUUAGUAUUGGGAUAAUCGGCGAGAUCGCUAUCAGAAAUUUUUUAUACCUGUGACUAAUUGUUAAGGAUUAAAUGGAACGUACGUGCGUCAUUCUAUUUUACACGCAUGUACAGAUAAAUAGACUCGAAAGUAGCAUUUUACAAGGAUUCGAGCUUGUGAUAGAAGUAUAUAUACCAAAAAUAUACAAUGUAUGUAAAACUAUAUGAUGAUACAGUAUAAUUGUUUAACAUAUGUGAAGUACAGUACUAAGUGCGAACAAGUAAUUUGAGUACGAAAUAGAUAUAAUGUUGAAUUUGGAAUGUGAAGUUUCUUAAUACCAUUGAUUAAGUAACGAUGUACUUAAAAUGUUGAUCUGUGAUUAUUGUCAUGUUCUCUAAAAUAUAUUAUUUCAUAUACACAUAGGCACAAGCGCCAAUUU